AUGCCUAGCGAUUUCUCCUUUGUACCACCUCCGGAGGCUCCUGUGUUUUAUCCAACGCCUGAAGAAUUUGAAGACCCACUUGGCUACUUGAUGAAAAUCCGACCAAUAUGUAUAAAAACUGGGAUAUGCAAAAUCGUCCCUCCCAAGUGUUGGAACCCUCCGUUCGCUGUUAAUAUGAAGGAGUUUUCAUUCACACCACGAAUCCAGCGGUUGUACGAGCUAGAAGCUCAUUCUCGUAUCAAGUUGAAUUUUAUCAGCCGUCUCUACAAGUUUGUCCAGCUACAGGGAGGCGACAAAAUCCGAGUACCUAGUAUUAGUGGACGCUACUUAGAUCUAUAUGCUCUUCACAAACGUGUCGCAGAAGCUGGUGGAUAUCGUCAAGCUUGCGAUAACCAAUUGUGGUCUGAUAUUGCUGAAAAGUUAGGUUAUCAAAGCCGUCAUGCACAUACAAUUAAAACCAACUAUGAAAAACUGCUACUAUCAUUCGACCAAGUUGUAUCAUAUCCGUCUCGGCCCACCAAGACCACUUAUCACCCUAGAAGUCGUUGGAGUGGUUAUAAACGUGGCAGAAAAUCAAUUGGGGAAGAGAAGAUAGAUUACUCGGCUAGUAACGAGUUAAAAAACCUGCAGUUUUUUGGUCCUGGACGAAAAGCUGUUGUUCCUGAAGAUGGACGACCAAGCAAUUUCAAACCAGAAGUCAACAUUGAUGAAUAUAAUUGUCGAGUUUGUGGUCAUGGAGAUGAUGAAACCAAUCUACUUGUCUGUGAUACAGAUAGCUGUCAAGCUUGCUAUCACCUGUAUUGUCUUGACCCACCUCUUCGUUCCAUCCCAAAGUGCCAGUGGAAAUGCCCUGAAUGUGUCAGAGCUAUCUGUUGUAAUCCGGUGGAUGUAUAUGGAUUCCCUCAAUCGAGCAAGACUUAUUCUCUUCAAGAGUUUGGUGUAAUGGCAGAUCAAUUCAAAUCUACUUAUUUCAAACGUCCAUGCACUGAUGUGCCAUGCGGUGAAGUAGAACGUGAAUUCUGGCGUAUCUUACAGGAGUAUAAUGAUGAUGUCGUCGUUGAAUACGGCGCUGAUAUUCACUCAAGUUCUCAGGGGUCGGGGUUUCCAACAAAAUCAAUGCUAAAGAACUUAGUUGGCACUGCUUCCCAACUAGCAGAAGCAAAGAAGUACGCCGAUAGCCCUUGGAACUUAAAUAUAUUACCGUUGUUAGAUCGAUCAGUCUUGAGGUUCAUUAAAGGAAACAUAGACGGUAUGAAAAUCCCUUGGUGCUAUGUCGGUAUGGUUUUUUCUAGCUUUUGUUGGCAUAUUGAAGAUCAUUGGAGCUACUCCAUCAAUUUUAAUCAUUGGGGUGAGCCGAAAACUUGGUAUGGUGUAUCCCGUUUGCAUGCAGAUGAUUUUGAACGCGCUAUGAAAAAACACGCUACAGAACUUUUCGAUCAAGCCCCAGAUUUACUGCAUCACAUUACAACUAAUGUAAAUCCGAAUAUUUUACAAGCAGAAGGUGUACCAAUAUAUCGGACUGAUCAACACUGUGGAGAGUUUGUCGUGACAUUUCCGCGCGCUUAUCAUGCUGGAUUCAAUCAAGGCUUCAAUUUUGCUGAGGCUGUUAAUAUAUGUCUACCUGAUUGGCUUCCUAUUGGCCGUGCUUGUAUUGAACAUUAUGCUGAAAUUAAAAGACAUUGUGUAUUUUCAAACGAUGAACUAUUAUGUACAUUGGCUGAAGUAGCUGUGGGCAAUGUUCUUCCAGAAGAAAUACUCACUUUAACAAAUCCUGUUACUAGCUGUACUUCAAAUGGUGAAUGCUCAGACAAUCCUGAACCUCAUAUCAGUGAAAAACUACCUCCUGGUUGUUCAACUUCAGGUCUCGACAUAGGUGCUGUAGCUAUUGUGCAUCAAGAGUUUACUUGUGUGCUCAAAGAAGAACGACGGUUACGAGAAUUAAUCAUCCAAAGUGGUGUGUCUAACUCGAGAAAAGUUAGAUUCGACGAAAUGUCAGAUGAUGCACGUGUCUGUGAUUUCUGUUUGACUACUCUUUUUUUAUCUGGAGUUAGUUGUUCAUGUAUUUAUGAAUCGAACACCAGUAUUCAAAGAUUAGAGAACCCAACUGACCGUUCUUUGGAUGACCUUAGUACAACUGCACGAAAACACAAGAUGUUGGAUGAACCAUGUGGCAUUAUAGAUGAAUCUAAUGAAGAGGAAAAGCGACCUCCUAGUCAUAUGGUUUGUCUAAAACAUGUGUCCGAAUUGUGCAAGAAAUGUCCACCCUCAGUUUUUGUACUCAACUAUCAUUACUCAAUAGAGGAACUAUGCAGUUUAGAACAAUGUUUGGCUGAUCGCCUAGCCCAUUUUUAUGCAUGGAGAAAUCAGUUGUCUGUUAUAAUUAAACCGAGUGAUUCAAACACUUUCUCAAGUAAUCACUUCAUGAAACAAGAAGCUAAUGAUAAUCAUGUUGUUGUAUCUAACAACUCAACUUCAGGUACUAUGACACUUGAGGAAUUGGAGAUAAAAUUGACCGAAGGCAAGGCUGCUGGCUAUCAUACUGAUGACAUCUACAACGAUGCCAAAGCUAUGUUAGAUCGUGGUAAACAUCUUCAACAAAUAUGUGUCAAAUUAAAACCCUCCAUUAUUGGUUCCGGGAACACUGAUAAGUUCAAAAGCUCAUUAACAAGCAUAUCAUCGACCGUCAACCCUGUAAAAUUUCAAACCCGACGUCCUGCUACUUUUACCGUGGCGACUUCGACUAACGGUUGUGCAACACCACAUAAAAUUAUCAAAUUGCCUUCGAAUAAUGGAUAUGUAGUUCUCAACCAUGAACUUGACGUCAACAAUCCCCGGGAAUACGAUCUUUUACGACUGAUGGAAUCUUGUGAACAACAGCAUCCUCUCAAUCUUUUUGAGGAUCCAUCAGUACAAUUAGUCAAACGACUGUUAAGUCAGUUAACAACGUGGCACCAAUCAGCCCGUGAUAUUAUUAACCUACUAUGCAAUUUAAUCCUAACAAAUGCCACUCGAAGUAUUUCUACCAGUUUUUCCAUAUCAGAUAGUUUGUCCAAUAUUGGUAAAUUACGAAAUGAAUUCCCAUCGUAUGUGUAUCGUAUAUCGGAAUGGAAUUCUCUUAAUCUCCUACGUCAUGCAUUGAGAUGGCUCUGUAUUUAUGGUCGACAUGAUAACAAUAAAAGUACGUGUUGGUCAUUGCCUCAUCUUCGAAAGUAUUUGGUUUUUGGUGAGGAAAUUAUUUCACAGCUGACAGCAAUUACCUCGAGUCAAAAAUCUCACUCAAAAAUAGUUCAUUCAUCUUCAUCACCUGUUUCAUUAUCUAUCCGAAACAACCAGACAAUUUCUCAGUCUCCAGGAUCCUCGUUUAAUGUUAGCAAUAUGGACACUGCUUUAACUCAGAUCAUGAGGUUUGUACUAGCUCGAAUGCAUACGUCUUUAGGAAAUCUGACCCAGUUGGGUGUACAAGUUGAAACUCUAGUUGGUGUUUUAACUGAGAUUCUCAGCAGUUCAAGGUCAUCAAUCUAUCAAGAAAUUGAGGAUGCAUUGUACCGAAUAAAGAGUCUGGGAAUUGAUCACGUUACGGCUGUUAAUGGACAAAUACCACUAACAGAUGAACCUCAACUUAAUGCAGCAUUAGAUGAACGCCAUUUCAAUAGCAUUGUAGAUACUCAGUCAGUUACUACACUGAAGAUAUCGCCCAAUUAA